CUUUUCCACUUCACGUCCUGAUAUUCUGGCUGAUGGUGAUGAUGGUUCUCCACAUGAUCCAGCUGCAUAUCAAGAUACUAAAGAUACUGAAGUUAUCGAAAUGUUGAAACGUUUUCGAAUGAUGAAUAUUGAUUAUGAACUUGUUGGUUUCUACCAGGCUCAUCCAUUUGGUGUCUGUUUCAACAUUGAUAUGUUCUUUUCUCUUGUUGAUUACCAAAGUAGUCAGCAAAAUGCAGUUGUUUUAAUUUAUGAUCCAAUUCGAACACGUCAAGGAAAUUUAACUAUUCGAGCUUAUCGACUUUCUCGUAAAGCUUUGGAAUUGGCAAAUGUUGGUGACUGGUCUCCUGAAGUUACAAAACAAGCUGGCCUAAAUUUUUCAAACUUUUUCGAAGAACUUCCAAUUGUUGUAAAGAACAGUCACUUAAUUAAUGUACUUCUAGCUGAAUUGGCGCUUUCUUCUCGUGGAAAAAAGACUAAUACUGUUGUUUUGGAACUUGGAACUAAAAGAGCUUUAGAAAGAUCAGUCAAGGCUUCUAUGGGCACUGUGGAUGAAUUGAACAAAGCAGUUAAUGCUUACGGGAGAUAUAUGACUGAAAAACAAAAAUAUGAUGCUAUUUAUGCCAGUAUGAUGCAAAAAAGGGCUGUAGAAAAUGAGGCACGUUUAGCUCGUGGGGAACCUCCAAUUUCUGUUGAGGAAAUUAAAAAACAAAUUAAACAGCCACAAAUGCAAACAAAAAAUGGAAUGCUUGAUCUAUUUUUGGGAGCACUUGAUGCUAAUGCUUAUGCUAGUUUUCAAAUUGCGGCAGCAAACGAGAAUAUGACAAAACUUCAUUUAUCUCAAGCUCUUUGUAAUCAACAAAUGUCGGGUAGUGGGGUUGGUGUUCCUUCGUUAUCAAGUUUAGGAGGUUCGUCUAGUGAGAGACGAUGA